UUUUGUUUACAUGCUUUCAUUAUUUUUGUGUUGAAUUUAAGGGAAAUAAACUAAAAUGCUUUUAGAUUUGGAACACGAUUUUAGUUCAUUUAGGACACGAGAAGUGUUUUAAUAUAUGAUAUACCUUUUGUUAUCGAACUUCAGUUUGUUAAAAAAACCGCAUUGUUCACCCUUACAUUCAUCGUAAUGGUAGAUGCCUUCUUCCGGUACUGAAAUACAUUCUUUUAAUGAGGUGUGGACGAAGAAGCCUAUACCACCUAAAGUCCUAAAAAAACCAGAUAUAGAUUCUGAUAUCAUAAAGGAAGAUUUUGAUGAUUUAUUGCAUUUGAAAUGCAGGCUUAUAAAUACCGUAGGAAAUGAAAGAAGUGAAGUAGAUGUAAAAUUGCCAUAUGAGAGACUUCAUAAGAAAGGAUCUCCUGUUUAUACUGUUGGAAAGAAAGAAAAACCUACUUUAGAUGUAGUUUUGGGAAGUAUUCCAUUAGUUUAUAAUCCUUUUACUAAGCAACUUGAGCUUGAAUCUCGAUCCGAACCACAAAUAAAGAACUUUAAGUGUUUGUCCUCUAAAAUAGGAAAUGGAACCUAUUUUCCAAUGGAUCGUGAUGGCACCCUUGUUCAGAGGGACCACUCAAACACUGACAAAACUGAAAGAGACACGUCCGAAACCCGAUGCAGCAGCAAGGUUUCAGUCCGAGAAAAAGUUGAAAUGUUGGAUAGAAAAAUGGAAGAAACGGAAAAAGAUGUGAUAGAGGAGGGUGGUGUAGAUGUCGGUAAUGCAGAAAAUCAUGUCCCCCGCUCUCCUACAUCUACAUCACUCCAGCAUACGGACACAUCAUCUUUCACAAGUAUGUCCUCUGCUGGUACGGAGCAUUCAUUCUGCAUUGGUGAAAUGAGAGUGGGUUCGAAUUCUUCUCUCUGUUAUUCCUGUGAUAAUUUACAGAGUUUGUCAGAUGGCUCGUGUAAGGGAGCCAAGCCAAAGAAAUGGGGUCUUUCUAAUUUAUUUUUGAAAUUACCAUGGAAAUCAAAAUCACCCAUUGAGAGUGAAGCUGAACUACUGGACCAAAAUCAGCGAUGCCCAUCCGCUUGCUCUUCCAGUAGUCGUAGAAGUGAUGAAUGCGUACCUAGCUCUACUACAGCCCUCAUACUGGAAAACAGACCACCGAAUCUGCCUGCAAAAUCUCUUGAAGAAGAAAUAAAACAUAAACAGCUAUAUGAAGAAAUGAUAAAAGGAGCUCGAAAGAAAGAGUUGCAAGAUGCAAAAUUUCGGAAAAAACAAGCAUAUCAGCAACAGAAAUUGGAGGAGCAAUUAAUUACUGCCACAAAAAUAUGGAAUGAUGAAAUACUUCCUAAUUGGAAUACAUCUAAAGACAGUAGGAAAACACGAGACCUUUGGUGGAAGGGUCUUCCUCCAAGCGUCCGAGGCAGAAUUUGGAAAUUAGCCAUUGGAAAUGAUUUAAACAUUACUCAAGAAUUGUUUGAUAUUUGUACAGCUCGAUCAAAGGAGAAAAUUUGGGUUACAACUGAUGCAAAAGCAUGUGAUAAAAGUGAUGAUGAGACUGAAUCAAAUGAAAAUGCUGCAGAUUUUAUAAAAUUAGAUGUUUCACGAACAUUUCCACAGCUAGGAAUAUUUCAAGAGGGUGGACCAUAUCAUAACACUCUAGAAAGGAUUUUAGGAGCAUAUGUGAUAUAUAGACCAGAUAUAGGUUAUGUUCAAGGCAUGUCUUUCUUAGCUGCCAUGUUGUUAUUGAAUAUGGAUGCAGUUGAUUCUUUUAUAUGCUUCUGCAAUUUAUUGAACAGGCAGUGCCAGUUAUCAUUUUUUAGAAUAGAACAAAAAAUGAUGACUGCAUACUAUUCAGUUUAUGAAGACUAUUUCAGGGAGAAUCUUCCUAGGCUUUCAGAUGUAUUUUCAAAACAGAAUUUAAGCCCUGAUCUCUAUUUAGUUGACUGGCUUUAUACUUUGUACAGUAAAUCUUUACCACUGGAUGUUGCUUGUAGAGUGUGGGAUGUUUAUCUCAGGGAUGGAGAAGAAUUUUUAGUUAAAACUGCCUUAGGCAUUCUAAGAAUGUAUGAAGAUAUACUAUUAGAAAUGGAUUUUAUUCAUUUAGCACAGUUUCUUACAAAGUUGCCUGAGGAUAUUGAUGCUGAAAAACUUUUCAGCUCAAUCAGUGCCAUUCGGAUGACUGUAAAUAAAAAAUCGUUUUCGUGUGUUCUGCAGCAGCAUAUAGAAAGCUUGGCCAGCGUAUAGAUAAAGCUUUGUUCAUUAUGGAAUGCCUCAUUUUUUAUACUAUUGAUAAGUAUAGGCCAUUAUUUAGGAGCUUGAUUUGACAUUACAAAAAAUACUGUACUGAAAUUUUCACAAAGCAUAAAAAUAUAAACAUAUUAUCUGAGAAUUCUUCAUGAUCUAAUUUUGGUAGGUAACAUUUAAAGUAAUAAAUAAAUCUUUUUGUGUGAAUAUACAGUGUAUUGAAUGAGAUAUUAUGGAUAAUCUAAUUAAAAUAAAUAUAUUAGUAUAAUCAAUAAAGUGUAUGCUGUAAAAUCUCAUACAUAUAAUUAUGAAAUCAUAAUGUUAUUUUGAUAUUAAAUAAUCAUUUUAUCUUGCAAAGCAUUUAUUUAAGUUAUCAUGAAUGAAUACUUAAUAAGCAUCAUUUUGUUUCUUAAAUUCAUAUUAAUUGUGUCAUCAGAUAAUUUUAGUGUAUUUGCAAUCAGAACUAAAUAAAAUAUAGAUAUUUAUCAGUUAAUUUACAAAAGUCAGUGCACUGCAAUCGUUUCCCAAUUUUUAAAACUUAUGCAUUAAAAGUAGAGUUGUAUGCUAAUUUACAUGUACUAAAUAGUUUUGUGUGUUUUUAACUCCAGGGUUCAGUAAUAAGCAAGAUUUCACGUACCUUAUUGCUGAUUUGAGCAAAAUAUGAAUUCACAGUUACGUUUUUACUCAUGAAAUAGUAAUAUAUAGAGAGUUUGUAUGUAAAAGUUUCAGCAUUAAGGCUGUACAUAUGAAUACCUAUUUCAUAAAAUUUUGAACUAUUUACAUUAAUAUAUUUUGCAGUUAAUAUUUUGUCUGCAUAUUUGUAAGAUUAGAAUUCUAUAAUUUUAUAUGUUGUGUACUCAUUCUUGUCAUUCACAUUGCCCUUUGGGAGGAAAUUUCUCAGUAAUAGAAAAUGGUUUUUGUCAUUAGGAACCUAAGAAUUAAUCCCCUAAGCUAUGUGGCCACUUUUAUGUAGUUUUAAAAACUUUUCCACUGACGAGCAUUAUCUUAUUCCUUUAAAUAUUUUACUGUCUUAUUAUAUUUAAUGAUCUAGAAAUAAUUUUUACAAUCUAUAGGUUAUGAAAAUAAAUUAUCUUACAAAUCUAAGCAAGAAAUGGCACAACACUGCACAAACUAAACACUGUAAAAUAUACUGCAGUUCAGAGGGUUAAAAUUUUUCCUUUUGCAAAAGAAGACUUUAUAGAAAUUGAACAAGAAAAAUAGAAAUGAAGAGUUGUUUAAAAUAAAAAUAAUUUUUCUUUUAAGGUGUAAUAUAUUUGGAAGUAUGUUUUUUAUAAAAUAUAUUUUGUCAUGUUGUCAUUUGAAUAUACAACCUUCUUAGUAUCAUUUUAAAUGACUUAAAAGAAAUCUCUUUUAUGACUUGGAAUGCAUAAUAGUUGUAAGGUGCUGCAUAUUUUCUAUAAAUAUUGCUCAGUAUCUUUAUGUUAGAUCACACUGUGCUCAUUUUGUGUGAAUUUUCAUAAAUGUUAAUACUCAGACUCCUUUAGAGCUUGUUUUGUGCUAUAUGUUGAAAUAGUAUGUAAAUUACUUGUUGGUAUAUAUUUUAAGCUUUUAAUUGUAAAUUUUAAGUGUCUGUUAUUUUAACUUUAAAACAAAUUUUUGGUUUUUGUAAGUCUGUGGAAUUAAAUACAUUAUUAUUGACAGUAUAGGCAUUGGUUAGAAGAAAGCUCUCAAAUUUUUCAUAGCCAUUGUCAUUGUAUGUGGAUUAUGUUAUUCAGCAAGUUUACUCAUAAUCAUGUGCUUUUUUUUUUAUUACGAUAGCUGAGUAACUCAAGGAAUAUUAUUACUAGAGUUUAAUUAAAUGAAUUUGCCUUUGAAAGAUGCUAUAUUUUUGGUAUCAUACUUAUAAUUUUAAUUGAAAUAUCUUUUCUUUUGAUAUUCCUAAAAAUGUAUAUAAAACAAUAGUUUAAAAAUUUGUAGAUUUUAGUGUAAAAUUAUUAAUAAUGUUUGAAAUCUUUUCUAUGUAUUUUAACUAUUUUAUGCAUAUUUUCACUAAAAUGAAGCAGAAAAGUGAUAUAGCAUCAAACAAAUAAUUGAUAUUGUAUAAAAUUGAAAUUUACGCAAGAUUUUUAUGGCAGUUAUAUCUUCUUCUGCUGCUAUGUAAUAUCUAAAUUCCGAAGUUUUAUUUACUAUAUAAAUAUUUUAAUUGAUUUUUGAGAUUUUAAAACUUUAGUUUUUUUUGUCAAGCAUUUCAUCUUAUCAGUGUUUUUAGUCCUAUAGUUAAUUAUAUGAACUUUGCUAAGUAUUAUUUUAUACUGUGUGAUCAAAAUAAUUUUGUUAAAUUAUUAUGAAAUUCAACUGAACAUUAUUUUGAAAUCUAAUAAUAAAUAAAUGAAUUAUAUGUUAAAUACACUUCCUUGUAACUAAAGGUGAACUUCGAUUAGUGAACCAAGAAUUGUUAAAUGCCAGCCUACAUUCUAUAAGCAGAAAACGUCCAAAGUUUUAUUUUGAAAUACAGAGAUUUAUUUUUAAUUAGCUCUCAUGUAUUUAUUACUUACUUUUUUAAGGGAAAAUAUGUCAGAUGAUGUUCACAUAGAAAAAAGUUUUGACAAAGAUACGUCUAAAUAAAUCGGUUUGGGAAUUUUCUGCUUAAGUAGCAUUCUUGUCUUGCAUCCUAACAUUAAAAAACCUAUUGUGAAAUUAUCAAAUUUAGUUCUAUCAAAUGGUAAAAAAUAACUCAUUUUCGCCAUCAGUAAAAAUAUUUUUAAUGUAGGUUAAUCAUUACGAGUUCUAAUGUUAAUGAUAAACAAAAACCUCAUGCAGUUUCCCUAAAUUUAUUGUAAUUAUAGAUUCUUGAGAUAAAAUAAUCAUUCACUGUAUGGAAUGAAUUUAUUCUAUACAUAAUUUUGUUCUAAGUUCGCACAAAACAAUUCAUUAAUUGAAUUUCAUCAUAUAGAAAUUCUGAUAUGUAUGAGUGUGUGUAUGUAUGCAUGUAUAUAAAAUGCUUUAAUACAUAUGUAUGUAUACAUAAUGUUUAAAUGUUUGUUAUGUAUGAUCUAAUUAAAUUAAAAAGUAGAUUUUUUAUAGAUGUCAUGAAGUCAUUUAAGAAACUGCAUAUUAUCUGAAUAUUUCUUGUAAUAUAUAUUAUGUAUUGAUCUGACAAACAUUUAUAUUUUGUACAUAAUAAGACUGUUUGUUUCUUUGUGUUUUAUAUUUUAGAAAUAUAUUGUAUUGUUAAUGUAUAUCAUAAAAAUGUUUAGCUCUGGAAAGAAUAAUUUGCAAAAAUUUAAAUAAACAUAUCUGGUUUAGAAUUUCAUUGGUAUUUUGGGAUAUGGGGAAUUAUUUACAAUUAGUUUAAAACUCAACUGAAUGUGGUUAAAUUAAAACAGUCAUUUCUCUUAGUUUUAUAUAUAUAUAAGGAAUAAAUUUUCAGACAGUCAUCUAGGAGAUAUUAAUUCAUAUUUUUCCAAAGUCUGUUUUUACAAGCUCUGGGAAAAAGAUGUAAAUUAUUUCUAUUUACUCCUGAAUUUAAAAUAUUGGUUGCUUAUUUUUUUAAAUGUUGACUUUUCUCCUCAUAGCUAGACUGCUACAGAUUAUAGAUAUAUAUUUCAAAUAUAUAGUAUGAUUUUUUUUUCUUUUAUCUCAAUUUAUUUGAAUGCUGUAUAAUAUACUCAACAUUUUAUGGAAACCAUCAUCUUUUUGUACACUGAAAAUAUAGAUUACAUGCAUUGCACAAAUGUUAAAGAACUUUUUUCUUAUCAGAUAGUAGUAAGAAAUGGAUGCAUCAUUUUAUCAUUAAGCACAAAAAUAUCUUAACAGAAAAAAAUUAUUCAGUUAUCAUUUGCAUAUAUUUUUUAUAAUUUUUAUAAAAAUUGUCUAGUGAAACAUUUAUAAUGUAUUGCUGUAUUUGAGUAUAUACUAUGUAUAGUUUAAGUACUCUUAUUGUAUUGUGGGAGCCAAUUAAUCUAUGCAAUACAAUUGCAAUAAUUGUACCAUUUUCAACUUCAUACAUUUCCUUUUAAUGUGUUGUGAUAGUAAAAACAAAACUUUUAUGUGUACAAUUUUUGGGGGGGGGCAGGGGAAUUACCUAGCAUGAUAAUUCAGUGUUUUUAAUUUUUGCAAGUGAAUGUUUAAGUAAUUAAAAUUGUUAUGUUUUUCUUACUUUCAUUAAUAAAUUACUUCUAUAACUAAUUAACAGUGCCUAAGUAAAUGCAUGAUAAAAUGUUUUCAACUUUUUCUAGCUGUAUAUGCAUGAAACUUCAGCUAUUUGAAUCAAUAUGUAUUAUGAUGAUGAAAAAAUUUAUUAUGUAAUAAUUACUGUCAUAUAUAAUAAUUAUUACUGAUAUACUAAUUAUUAUUGGGUAUAAUAAUUAUUACUGAACAUAUUAUAUUUAACAUUAAAAUACUAAUGUGGGUGAGUUGUUUGCUUUUAUCUAAAAACCUCCUUUUAAUUGCAUGUCAUAUUAAUUUUCAUUACAAAAAUUCUUGAAAAUCUGACCUUUCCUGUUAUUUAUAUAUUCUCUUCACUCACAUGUACAGUUUAAGUGAAUGUAACAAGUCAAAUGUAGGAAAAGCAUCACUUUAAAAUUAGUUUAUAUAUUUUAUUCCAUUUAAGAAGCUUUGUUUUUUCUGAAAAAUUGCAGAACUAAUAUUAGGUAAUUGGUGUCAUUUUGGGAUGGCAAUGCAGAAAAUAUUUAAUUUCUUAAUCAUCUACAUAAUCGCUAUCAUUACAAAUAACACUUUUAAAAUCAAAUGCUCAAUGCAGUGAAAAAUCAUUUAAAUUUUUUUUUAGACUGGCAUGUGAUGUUUAAUUUGAAGAACUUGAUUCAUCUGAUUAAAGGUUUGACAGUAGAAGUUUCCAGUCAUAAUCGGACCAGGUUUCAAUACCUUGAAAUGAAUUAUGCUUACAGUAUUCAAACAAAUGCACAGCAAACCUCUUUAGGAGGUGGAAUGCUAACUUACUUUUGCUAAUGGCAUUUGACCUUGUUUUUUGCAUUUGUAAUUAUGUAUAGAAUCCAUUUCUCAUUUUUAUUCCGAAUUUGGUGAAGAAUUGUUAUUUCUCCCUUGCUGUUGAGCAAGGAAAUGUAACUGGAUAAAUGCUGAGAUUUUGUGGUCACAUGAUAGUUUAUAUGAUGCUGAAAUGUCUUGUUUAUAGAUGUUGCCAGUUUAUUUAAGGUAUUCUGGUAGAUUAUAAUAAUUGCAGUUGCCUUAAUGUGUCAUAGUCUGAUGAUAAUUUUACUUUAGUAGCUGAGUGAAACAGCUCGUCAUCUGAUGUAUGUAUAAUUGUUUAAAUCUGUGUAGUAUAAUUGUUUCUGGCAUUUGUUGUUAUAUUUUUGGCCUUAGAGAAUUCAAAAAGCAUGCCAUUAUAAGGAUGAUUUUCCAUGAGUUUUAUGACACUCUUCAUGAUUGGGUUGCAUGCUAAUGAAACUAGAUGUAUAACUUUGCAACAGAUCAUUUCAUGCCACUUAUCUGACAGUAACAUCGAGUCUGAAUUUUUUCAUAGCUAAGAAGUAAGGGAUGCGUUUGUCAUCAGCUUAGGCUUUGAGCACAUGACAGCUGACAAUAUGAAUUUAUCCAGCUCCAUCCCAGUUUUUAAUGAUCCACAGGGAGCAAUAAAUUGAGGGUUUCCCCUUCCACUAAUCUUUCCAGAGGCGUUUCAGAUGAAUUUAGAAACCGCCGUACUAUCUUCAUGGUUUGAAUUAGGGUCCAAAGCUAUGGCAACCAGCUUCCUUACCACCAUGCCAACAGGGAAGCAGACCAGUUCAUUCUUCUAAACAAUUAUUUCACUUUGGUAGGAUUCCUUGAUACAACAUUCUCAAAAUUGCAUCAAAUGAAAACAGCAUCAUUCUUAAUAAUUUUUCUCUUAUAUGAAAAGUGAAAAGGCUAUAUCUAUUUUUAAAAAAUGAAAAUCUGUUAAUAAAAAUUGCAGAAAACUCUUACUCCCCCAUCCAUUAUUGGUGAGGAAUAGAAAUUUUAACGUUUGUGCUUGUUUAAAGUAUUUUUUUAUGUAAUAACUUGAAAGUACACUUUAAAAUAAAAUCACAAGUAUUCUCUCGUA